AUGCUUCGUUUAGCAUUUAAGCAAUAAAAACGUUAAUCUUUCUUGUAAAAAAUGAAAAUCUGCGAAUUGUUGCUUGAACGUGGUCUCAAAUUCUUUGAAUUAGGUAAAGGAAAGUGAACAAUAAUAAAUUAGAACAAUUUGGAAAUGCAAUAGAUUAAUUUGAGAUUUGUAUGUCCGUUUUUGCUGAUGCUAGAAUCCCGAAGAAAUGGGAGGAUACGACCUAUGAGGAACUAACCCAAUAAAAAUACCCUGAGCAAUCUCAAAUAGACAGUACUAAACUUAAUUUAUAGAAUUAAGGGCUUCGUCUCAAAUUGUUUGAAAAAAUGGCAGAAUGCUAUUACAGGCAACAUGAACAAGGUGCAUGUACACGGAUGUGUGAUUAUUGGUUGUAAAUGAGUCCCCAAUGCAUAAAUGCUAUGAUUUUGCGUGCAAAGGUAUGAAACAAUAAUAGAAAUAGUCCCGUUUUUUGUCUGACAAUAUCACCCAAAUAGAUUGCCAAAUGGCAUUUAAGGACCUGAAAUUUGCACAGCAACUUGAUCCUCACAAUGCAGCAGUGGCAAAGUUUUAUGAGAAGGUGAAGGCAUAAUUAUUAGCCUAUAAAGAGUUGGAAUAUAAGAAUUACACAGAUUUGUAAAGAAAACAGCUGGAGUUGAUCCAUUAGUACAGGAAGCAAGAAGAAGACGAGGAUGCUCAAUAGGAUUUCAUGGCUCAUUUGGCUUAUCAGGAUUACGAUCAGGAAUUGAGUUACGAAUUGGAUAACAAGAAGCCCAUUCCAAUAGAAGUAUCAGAGUUAGGAAGAUUCAUAGAGACGAGAGGGAUGGAGAUGGUGAAGAUAUAUCAGUAGAAUGGAUAGUUGAAGGAGGCAGAGGACUUAAGAGAGAAGUUGAAGAAAGCAAUAGCAGCGAAGAAGCAAUUGGAAAAGAUAUCCUAAUUGGAUUUCAACAGGCCUAAGAAAGUAAGAGUUUAAUAGUGAGCAUUAGAAAUUGUAUGAGUUUGCUUAGAAGUAUGGCAUAAACUUAUUGGAUCCGCAAGUGCAAAAUGAAUUUAAGAGAAUUCAGGAGUAGAAUUUGGAGGACAUCAGACAAUGGUUGAAGCAAAAUUAAUGGAGUUAUACUGAUAAGGCUACUUAGAUGCAAGAAUAGGAAUUGGCUAGACAGGAGUUGGCCAAAUUGUAAUUCAAGAGGAAGACCAUUCCUUAGAAGGUACCGACUUUAGGAUUUAUGAUAGCAUAACAAGAAUAAGUUCAAUAAGAAGGUAUAGCCGUUGAUUAGCACACCAACUAGUGGUUCGAUGCCAGUGACUAUUAACAAUAACAUCACUUACAAUCAGACUUUUAAUUAGUGCAACAAUGUCAUUAAUAAUUCAAGUAAGAUAAGAUUAUAAUUGUUUGUAGCGAAUGAAUAAAGUGAGGAACAAUUAGCGGAUUGCAAUUGCUUUAUUAACUUAACCAUACUACUCUUAGCCGUAUUUGCUAUAUUGGCAGCCAUUUAUUAUUCAUUCCUUAAAUGA